AUGGCGUUGGCAGCAGGCCGUGCAGUCUUGGAGGCGCUCAGGAGCUCUCCCGGUGGCUUUGAUGCGCGUGUCCUCGAGCGAGUGGAGAUCAAGGCCGCCGACGCAGGCCGGAUCCUCUGCGCCAUUCGCGUGCCCGCCAAUCUCGCCAAUGGAUAUGGAACGCUCCACGGUGGAGCCAUUGCCACGCUCAUCGACUGCGUGAGCACCAUGGCGGUGCUCACAGUGGGUGGCACUAACACGGGCGUCUCGAUCGACCUCAGCAUCACUUACGUCUCGGCCGCCAGGAUCGAUGAUGAGCUCGAGAUCGAGUCUAAAGUUUUGAAGAAGGGGAAGAACGUUGUGAUGCUAUCGGCCGAGGUGAGGAGAGCUGGGAAGAAUGGCGAGAUUGUGGCGAGUGGGCAUCACACCAAGUACUUCUCGCGGCCAUCGUUGUUUACCUCCAAGCUGUGAGUUUUACCUCCCAUCGAUCAUCUAGUAGAAAUAUCAUCUACGAUCUAGACGAUCUCUGGAGCGUAAGAAAGACAAGUAUGGAGAGAGAACACAAAUGAAAGAAUUUGUUUCUCUGGCAAUCCUGGAGUUUAAAACUCAAACACAAUGCUCGAGAAAAAGUUUCUUGAGAAACACGAAGUGUUAUGCUUCUACAGGAAAACAAAGAUCUAACAAGCAAAUUAAAAAACUAGAGAGUUUG